AUGUCGACUGCAGAUCUUGAGACCCAGCAGACAUCACCUGCGUUACCUCCCACCAGCAGUCCCGUCAGUACUGCAAGCCCUCGAAGAAACGCAAGACACACCAAGGGACUUUCGCUGAACUUCCCCAUUCUACUGCCAACGAAUGCAACCUCCCAGGCCUCCUCUCCGAGAACGGCAUCUCCAUCACAAUCAUCAGCUCGCGGGUCGCCACAUACCAAAUCAGUAUCAUUCCACGCCGGUACUGAAGCCAUUCCAUCGCCAGGCAGCGGUAAUACCGACUUCUUGACGCUGAUUGCUUCUCAGGAGCGUAAGGUCUUGGAGAUAAGAGAGGACCUGAACAAAGCCGAGGCCGAGCUCACGGGUUUGAAGAAGCAAUGGGCUAUACACGAAGCAACGAAAAAGAGGGAGGAGGUCAAGCAAGUCAGACGAGUGCCUGUAUCACUCGAUGAAGUGCCACGCAGCCCGAACCACCUGGAAGGCGACGAGCUAGAAGAGGAACGGCGGAGGCGGCGGGCCUUAGUCGAGAUGCAACCAGGAGGCAGGGGGGUUCCCAGACGGCAGGGCAGCCAGAGGAAAGUAUUUGAAGGACGGCACACUCGGACGUUGAGCUUGCUGAGUCCAACAACGCCUCGGAAGAGCCAAGAACUGGCCAAUAUUGUCAGUGACAUGGCCGAACAAGGCAGCGUGCGGAGUAGCGAAGACUCACCGACACGACCGGAGCCAUUGACCAUCGGACAAAAGCCAUCAUUGUCGAGAAUGCCCACACUGGAUGGUCUGAUCUCACCGGAUGCUUUGCAAAUGAGUGCAAGCUUCGGCAAGACUUACAAGGACCUGGCUGCGCAACAUCGCCGGUCGCUGCCACCCGCUGCGGUUGAUAUGAUGAAGCAGGGCAAGUUCGUUGUGGAAGGAGUCAGAGACGGGCUGUGGACCUUCUUCGAAGAUAUACGGCAAGCCACAGUCGGUGACGAGGCCAUACACGGAGCCAGUCUGCAGCAACAGCAGCGUAUGAAUGGCCAGCCAAGUCGACCAACUCGAAGCAAGAGUAAGUCGGGAGUCAAGACAGAUGCACAGAAAAAGGAAGACUCGUUCUGGAAGGAGUUCGGCCUCGACACGCCCGGCAAGCCUCCCGGUUCAGAGCAGGCUAAAAAGGAAAAGGAGGGGAAGAGUGGCCAUGUGCAGAGCAAGAACAGCACGGACUCGCAGACUCCGCCGGACCUACUCGAUGACCUCAGAGACGACGACGACUGGGACAGCUGGGAAUCACCGUCACCCGUCGUCACGAAGGGUGACAGCAAGGUCGACGUGCUUUCAAGCUCGGUACCAGGCGAGGACUUGCCAUGGCCAGAGCUGAAGAAGCUGACGCCUAGCAAGCUGAACCGCACGGGCAGUGAUCUCAUUCGAGAAUGGGAUCAGGAGGACAACGCAUAG